AUGCUCCGAGGGGAUUACCAGGGACAGACUGCGAGUGCAAGUAGCAAAUUCCGUGAGCUUCUUAUAAAUAGACAAGGAACCGAAGCCGUGAAAAAGACUGUGAAGGAAAUGCCAUCGUACAUCUACGCGAGCAGCUUCAAACUCUCCUUAGACGAUCUACAGACGUGCAACGCGGUGGAACUUGAUGAGAUUGCGUUUGUCACCUUUCCCUUCGUAGCUGCUGCUGCACUUUCGCCUCCGCCUCUCGCAGCUGGAUCAUUAUUGGGAUAUUGGCUCUGUCUUCGACUUAUCGCUGAUUCACGUCAUCUAAGCACGACCAACAUUAGAAUUGCACAGAAAAUAGCAAGCAUGACAAAACACAUAUGGGCAUUUAAGGCUGCAGAGAUUUUCACCAUGAAAUGCCAUAAUGGAUUGGCGUCGCGCAUACAGUAUUUUCGCAACGAUGGAAUGUUUAAUCUCUCGGAUACAACCCUAGAAAUGCGUCUAGUAGGAAUAAGCAGCUUCAUGAUGGGUGAGAUACAAUGCGCGAUACUGGAUCGCUAUAUGCGUUUGGUGGAAGUUUCGGAAAGAAAAGAUGAUUCUCCAAGCAAGCCACUAAUGUCCGUCGAAAAUUUCACUAGACAGUGGAGCAUGGAUGGGCCCGAACCUUUCGUGAAGGUAAAUAAUGCCCAAGAUUUUGCCCAUUUUAACCUCGUAUGA